ACUCCCUGACUUGCUUCAUGCAGUCAAAUAACUGAUUUUACUUUAUCCAAUACACUCCCCCCAUGACUUGAUCUAGAGGGUGCUUAGAGAAGAUCGCAAUCACCAGAAUCUUUUCGAAUUGCGAUUAAAGAGGAAGCCAGGAGUUUCCAAGAUCGUUGAACGACGAAGAUGGCGAGCUGCUCUUACUUCCUCCUCCUCCUCGUUUUCUUGAUCCCGACGUCUUCUGGUGUGCAUGGAGAUCAUUCCUCAAAGUCAAACACAAACGAUAACUUGCAUAAGCGAAUGAAAAGAGAAUGGAUCUGGAAUAAAAUGCAUAUUCCUGAAGAGCAGAAUGGGACUUUGCCUCAUCAUGUUGGAAAGAUCACCUCAACGAUCAAGAAUCCCAAUGCCAAAUAUGUCCUUGAAGGGGAAGGUGCUGGGACGUUGUUCAGAGUUAAUGAAUUUACUGGAGAUGUCUCUGUGACGGAAACGCUGGACCGAGAGAAGAAAGCUGAAUAUGAACUCACAGCUCUGAUUUACAAUCGUCUUACCAAUCAACAAUUGGAGGACCCCUCCAAAUUCCGCAUCAUUGUUCAUGACAUUAAUGACAACGCCCCAGUAUUUGUUCAAAAGGUGUUUAAUGGUUCGGUGGUAGAAAUGUCGCCACUAGGAACAUCUGUCACCAAAGUGACAGCUGUGGAUGCUGAUGACCCAACCCUUCAUGGUCAUGCAGAUGUUUUCUACGAAGUUACUGAUGGCAAAAACUACUUCAGAAUAGACAACUCAGGAACCAUUUACACAGCUGUGCCUGACUUGGAUAGAGAACAAAAGGCUACUUAUACCAUUCGGGUGAAAGCGAGGGACGGCAUGGGUCUACAUGCUGAAGAAUUUGGCAUUGCUACUGUCAUCAUUAAAUUAAUUGACAUCAAUGACAAUUUCCCAACAUUUAAGCAAAAAAAUUUCACUUUCGAAGUCCCUGAAAAUGUCAGUUUGACCGGUGAAGUCGGUAGAUUAAAAGUAGAGGACAUCGAUGAACCGCAAAACAGGGAUACCAAAUAUAGCUUUCGCCAAGGGAAUUACCAAGACACCUUUAAAAUUAUACCAAAUCGCUACACAAAUGAAGGAGUAAUUCAACCAACAAAGCCCUUGGACUUUGAAAAGAUACCUGAAUACAGGUUUGUGGUUGAAGCCACGGAUGCCAAUAUCAACUAUGCCUAUGCUACACGGAAGGGCCUGGAGAACCUUGCAAGAGUAAUUAUCAAAGUUAUCGAUGUUGAUGAACCCCCAGUUUUCAGCCGGUCUUCCUAUACAUUCACCGUCCAAGAAGAAGGUGCAACGAAGAUAUCCAUUGGAUGUGUUUCUGCAAGUGAUCCUGAUAAAGCCAGGCGGAAAAUAAGUUACCAUAUCUUAAGAUCCACUUCUUUUGAAAUAAGUACCAGUGGGUGCAUUUUCGCCACAAAGCGCCUGGACAGGGAAGAAAACAGCUGGCAUAAUAUAACUGUCGCAGCCAAUGAGCUGGAUCAAAAUAAAAAGAGAAUCCCCAGAUUAGAAACCCACGUACCAGUUUAUAUUAAAAUUAAGGAUAUAAAUGACAAUGCCCCAGAAUUCGCUUUUCCAUAUGAUCCACGUGUGUGUGAAAAUGCUGCACCUGGACAGGUGAUCACAAGAAUUUCGGCUGUGGACAAGGAUGAAACGCCACCAGAUGUGAAAUUCAAGUAUUUCCUGACUUCUGAAGAUAGCAACUUUACCCUCAUUGACAAUCGUGAUAACACAGCAAACAUCACCGUCAAGUUUGGACAGUUCAACCGAGAGCUACUCAAAACUCAUUUCUUGCCUAUCAUCAUCUCCGACAAUGGGGCACCAUCACAGACCAGCACGAACACUCUUACCAUCCGGAUUUGCCAGUGCGACAAGGAAGGGGAAUUCACUCUUUGCGAAGAGCAAGCGAAGCAAGUGGGAGUCGGCAUCCAAGUGUUGGUGACCAUCUUAGUCUGUAUUUUCACCAUCAUUGCAUUAACGAUGCUGCUGAUAGUCUGGAGGAGGCGGCACAAGAAAGAUCUCGGUGUUCUCAAGAAGAACGUCGAAGAGAUCCAUGAGCAGCUGGUGGCCUACGACGAAGAAGGCGGCGGUGAAAUGGACACCACCAGUUAUGAUGUCUCGGUCCUGAAUUCAGCCCGCCAGAGAGGGAUACUAUGCCCCAGAAUGCCUUUGGAGGAUUCACCUUGCAAAUAUUCCCGCGAACAAAAGAUCCCCGAGAAUGGACUUUCAGGCAUUGGAGAAAUGGGCAUCAUGAUUGAGAUGAAAAAAGAUGAAGCUGAUAAUGAUGGGGAUAUCUUGCCCUAUGACACCCUCCACAUAUUUGGCUAUGAAGGGGGCGAGUCUAUUGCGGAAUCUCUAAGCUCCCUGGGUUCAGGGUCCUCAGACUUGGAUAUUGAUUAUGAUUUCCUCAAUGAUUGGGGUCCCAGAUUCAAGAUGCUGGCAGACCUUUAUGGUCUGGAACCUAGUGUAGAUCUGAUCUACUGAGCGUAGUCAGAGGCAGAUCAUCCCAAGCAGUGGUGAAAUCCAAUUUUUUUUUACAAACCGGUUCUGUGGGCAUGGCUUGGUGGGCAUGGUGUGGCUUGGUGGGCGUGGCAGGGGAAGGAUACUGCAGAAUCUCCAUUCCCACCCCACUCCAGGAGAAGGAUAUUGCAAAAUCCCCAUUCCCUCCCCACUCCUGGGGGAAGGAUAUUGCAAAAUCCCCAUUCCCUCCCCACUCCUGGGGGAAGGAUAUUGCAAAAUCCCCAUUUGCACCCCACUCUGGGACCAGCCAUAGGUGGCCUUUGCCGGUUCUACAAACUCAUUUCAUUUCAUUUAUUGAACUUCUAUACCACCCUUCUCCCAAAGGACUCAGGGCGGUGUACAGCCAUAUUAAAACACAUAUAAACCACAAAAUUUAAGAACAACUUAAAAACAAAUAUAUAAAAUUUGGCCCACGAAAUUUAAAAACUAACAAACACCCAAUUUAAAAAUCCCUAUUAGGCCAGCCCGGCUUGUUGGAAUAAAAGAGUCUUCAGGAUGCGGCGAAAGGUACGCAGGUCGGGAAUCAUAUGGACCUCUAGGGGCAGAUCAUUCCAGAGAGCUGGUGCCCCCACAGAGAAGGCUCUCACCCUGGGUGUCGCCAGUCGACAUUGUCUGGCCGACGGCACCCUGAGGAGCCCCCCCCCCAUGGGAGCAUAUUGGCCGGUGGGAGGCUAUCGGUGGCAGAAGGCGAUCUCAUAUAUACCCUAGUCCUAAGCCAUGGAGCGCUUUAAAGGUGGUAACCAACACCUUGAAUCGCACCCGGAAGACCACCAGGAGCCAGUGCAGCUCGCGCAGGAGAGGUGUUACAUGGAUAUGCCAUGUCGCCCCCAAAAUCACCCGCGCGGCCGCAUUCUGGACCAGUUGGAGCCUCCGGGUGCUCCUCAAGGGGAGCCCCAUGUAGAGAGCAUUACAGUACUCCAAAUUUUCGCUACUGGUUCUCCGAACUGCUCAAAAUUUCCACUACCGGUUCUCCAGAACCUGUCAAAACCUGCUGGAUUUCACCCCUGAUCCCAACCCUGUCCAUAAACAGUAAAACUGAAAGACUGUUUGACUCUUUGUGCAUUCCUCAUACAAAAGAAAAUCAGAUUUUCUUUUUUAUACAUUUUCAGAGCAGACUGAGAUAACCUAAGGGAAACAAGCUUUAAACAAAAUCAGGUCUGUAGAUAUAUAUAUAUAUAUUUCCUAAAUAUUUCCUAAAUGGGAAUGCCAUUGUACUGAGGGAUUAGAAAUGUUUCUCCUUAUAUAGAAAUCCAAUGUUUAAAUGCUUUUAAAGCACUGUGGUUCUUUUGCCUGUUAAAAGAAAGCUUAGAUUCAAUUCAAAACCUUUAUUGUCAUUGUACAUCAUGUAUACAACGAAAUUGGUUUAGCCUCUACUGGUGCAGUCCAUACGAAAAUACAAGACAACAUGAAUAAUAUAAAGAAUAAUCCUUAUACAGAGGGAUGCGGUGGCUCAGUGGCUAAGAGGCUGAGCUUGUCAAUCGAAAGGUCGGCAGUUCGGCGGUUCGAAUCCCUAGUGCCAUGUAACGGGGUGAGCUCCCGUUACUUGUCCCAGCUUCUGCUAACCUAGCAGUUCGAAAGCACAUAAAAAAUGCAAGUAGAAAAAUAGGGACCAUCUUUGGUGGGAAGGUAACAGCUUUCCGUGCACCUUUGGCAUUUAGUCAUGCCGGCCACAUGACCAUGGAGAUGUCUUUGGACAGCGCUGGCUCUUUGGCUUUGAAACGGAGAUGAGUACCGACCCCUAGAGUCGGGAACGACUAGCACAUAUGUGCGAGGGGAACCUUUACCUUUACCUUAAUCCUUAUACAAGUAGUUGGAAAAAAACUAGUCAUAUGUUUCCAUAUGUAAUUCAUAUUCUGUGCAACAUGUAUAUUACUCUGGUGUAUGAUCUUAUAUCAUGGUAUAUACAUCUUACACACUUCACUGGCACCAGUGAAAUUCGAUGUGAAUCAUCAGUUGAAAGACUAUGUCUCGUUUGUCCUGAUUGUUGCAGCUAUUCUAAUUAAAUGUGUUUUUAGUUACAA